CUGAUACACAUAACCUGUAGUAUGAAACACGUGUAUCUUCUUCUAUAAAGUUCAUUUCCUAUAUUUAUAAAUGAUUUCUCUAACGAACUUGUGCCUCGUAUGAAUUAAAAAUGCAGCACGACGACGUUGUCUGGAGUGUUAUCAACAAAUCUUUCUGUUCCUUCAAAGUAAACACCAAAUCACAAAGGUUUUGUCGUAACGAGUAUAAUCUUACUGGUCUCUGCAGUAGGGCAUCGUGUCCUUUAGCAAAUAGUCAAUAUGCAACUAUUCGAGAUGAAAAUGGAAUAAUUUAUUUGUACAUGAGAACAGCAGAAAGAAUACAUUUUCCAAAGAAUGCGUGGGAGAAGGUGAAACUCUCCAGGAAUUUUGAAAAGGCGAUACAACAAAUCAAUGAAAAUUUGUUAUACUGGCCGGGGUUUAUAAAAGCAAAAUGCAAACAGAGGUUUAUAAAGAUUACUCAGUACCUCAUACGUAUGAGAAAAUUGAGAUUGAGAAGGCAGAAACAAAUUGUACCAAUACAAAGGAAGAUCGAGAGGAGAGAGAGGAGGAGAGAAGAAAAAGCUCUCGUAGCUGCUAGAUUAGAAACUGCGAUAGAGAAACAGCUUAUGGAAAGAUUAAAACAGGGAAUGUACAACGAUAUUUAUAAUUUCCCACAAAAAGUAUUCGACAAAGCUGUGGAAGCUGUCGAAGUGGAAGGUGAAAGUGAGGCUGAGAGCGAAGCCGAGGAGGAGGAAAAGGAGGAAGAGAUCGAGAGAGAAGUAGAGCUGGAAUUAGAAGCCGACGAAAGGGAGGCAAACACGCCGCAUUUCGUAGAAGCAGAGACCGACGAAGAGGAUGAUGAUGAUGAUGAUGAUGAUGUCGAACAGUUAUCUAUGGACGAAGACAGUGAUUCAGGGAACAAAGAAGAAAUUCUAUUAUCUGAUGGAUUUGAAUCUGAGAUAAGCGAUAUCGAGGACGCGGUACCUUCGACGAGUAAGAAGAAUAAGAAACCUAUUGUAAAGAAGCGCAAAGUGCUUAAGAAACCUCGACCGAAAGUGGAAAUCGAAUAUGAAAUCGAGGACGAAGUACGUGAAAGAGUACGAGCGUAAUCGAUUCUUACUUAAGAUAAAUCUAAUUGUAUUUUGUAAUAAAGUUACAAAUUGUUUUAUAAUUUUAAGAA